CAAAGAUGCAACCCAGCAAUACAUUUGCAACAUUAGCAAAAUGCUGCAGGCACUCGGUCAAGCCCACCAGGACUUGAAGAGGGAGAACCACGAGCAUGCAGCCGAAAAUGCCCGUCUGAAGGGGCUGAAGACUGAAAAUCCUCAAUUGAAGGCUGAAAAGAACUGUCUGGGGGCUGGAAACUACAUGCUGAUGGGGCUGGAGAUAGAAAACAACUGGUUGAAGGAUGAAAACACCCGGCUGAAGACUGAAAACGCACGUUUUGAGGGGCUGGAGGCUGAAAACGCCUUUCUAAAAGGGGUGGAGGUAGAAAACACCCAGCUGAGGGCUGAAAACGCAUGUCUUAAGGAGCUGGAGGUAAAAAACACCCAGCUAACGGCUGAAAACGCCAGUCUGGAGGAGCUAAAGGCUGAAAAUAACCAUCUGAAAAUGCUGAAGGCUGAAAACCCCCAGUUGAAGGCUGAAAACAACCGUCUAGAGGAGCUGAAGGCUAACAACUACGGGCUGAUGGGGCUGGAGAAAGAAAACAACUGGUUGAAGGCUGAAAACACCCGGCUGAAGGCUGAAAACGCACAUCUUGAGAAGCUGAAGGCUGAAAUCGCCUGGCUAAAGGAGGUGGAGGUAGAAAACACAGAGCUGAAGGCCGAAAAGACCCGUAUGGAGGAGCUGGGGUUUGAAAGAUGGAGUCUUCUGCCUCACUUCUGAAAUCCAAAGACAACCUGACCAGCUUAGUUCAGCUUGUGGGGUCUGCAAAAGCCAGAGUGAAGGAGCUGGAGAAUGAGCUCAGAAACGGCAGCUUUAAAGUGAAAGAGGAAGAAAUCAUCUUCCUUAAUGUAAAUCUGAAGCUCAAACAGGCUAAGAACAAGAGAACUUGGAGGACAAACUGCGGCACUGCAUCCUCGAAAAUGAGGCCAGGUCCCAAAAAAUAGACUAGAUGCAAAAACAACUGAGAGACUCAGAUGAGAGGUGGUCCACCAAGUACGAGGAGAUGCUCGAAAAGGAAAUCAAGCUUAAGGACAUGAUAAAACUCAUGAUCCAGCAGAGCAUUGAGCGGGAGGAACAGAUCUUGAAGACCAAUAGCUACAAAUAGAGGGCCAAGAAGGAGAAAAACUAAAGGAAGAAGAGAAAGAGGGAGGAG